GGAGCACAAGGGACUUGAUAGAACAGAAGAACUUCUAGAACAUCCAGACUUGGCUGCUUUUUCGAUACUAUUUCACGGAAAACGUGAGAAACCAGAAUGGAUAACAAAUCAAGCAAUACUGGAAACAGAAAUAUCUCCGACAUGAGCAAGUCUGAGUUAGAAAUGUAUCGCCAUGGACCAGAAACAGAGUUGUCUGCCCUUGUUUGUCAUGCUUCAGAGUCUGGAGAUUUUACAGCUCUGAGGGAUUACCUACAGAUACUGUCGGACACAGAUCCCGAAAAGAUCAAUGAAACUGACAAAGCAGGAAUGACGGCUCUACAUUUUGCUGUUUCUUGCCAAAAUCUGCAUGCAGUUAGCAUGUUGAUACGAUACGGAGCAGAUGUGGGUGCACAAGAUGUUCUUGGCUUUACUCCACUCUUCCUAGCAACUGGUCGUUACCCAAAUGUAGAGGUGGCCAAGUACCUGCUGACAGAAGGAAAAUCUGAUGUUAAUGUGAAAACUCACAGCGGGGCCACACCACUACACGGGGCGUCUCUACAGGGGAAUAUAGAUUGUUUGAAGCUGUUACUUGAAUGGAAUGGGGAUCCCCGUAUAGAAGAUGAAGAUGGGACCACCCCAUUUGAACUGGCCAAGGACGAUGAGACCAAGGCAAUCCUUCACGAUGCCAUUAUUGUCUUUGAUGCCAAGAGAGACACAGUAGAUGCAAUUUGUGCCUGGUGUAAACAGAUCCCGAAGGCGGGGCUGAAGAGGUGUGGUCGAUGUCAUGUGACCAUGUACUGUCAGCGAGAAUGUCAGGUUUUGCACUGGAAAGAAGGAGGGCAUCGAAUUGCUUGUUCAGGCUUUGUCGUGGCAAGACCCUUUCAUGCCAAUGAACGGAAAGGACAAGGCAUCCAGACUUCCUUCUACAGAGUCAUGGGUUCUACGAAACCCAAUGUCAAGGUCUUCAUGCGCAAUGCCAGUGAAGCUCCCCAAAAAAUGGAAUUCCUCAGAAAUAAAAGAUUUGUUGUCAAAGUACAGGUUCCAAUUGGUAACCUGCCCUGUGGGGAAAUGAUGGUGUAUAACGCUGACAGAACUGUGGAAGGCUUUGUCUACACUAAAGAGAAAGGAUAUGAAAUACUCGCAAACAGGAUCCGAACAGAGGGAUUUAUGGGUGUGAAGGCAUUUUUCUGGGCAGAGCUUACAGGUGAUAGUGAUGGUUCCUUCCGAAUAUUCCACGGCCGGUGUGCACCCUACCAACAAUGGUAGCUGGCUUUAUUUACAAACAGUUUGUGAAUCAGUGAUGUAAAAAUAAUUGUCAGAAAUGUUGUAGAAAACAGAAAAUUGUAAAGUGCUCAUGAUGGUUUUUGUAGAUUUAAAUGAAGUGGAGUUUAAAAACAAGCUGCCUCCGAUUGAAAUACACUGGGUACAUAUUCUUAAGAUGGGUACAUAUUCUUAAGAUGAAGAAGGUAAUGAUAUCUGUUUCUUAUAUUUAAAUGUUAUUGGUAGUCUGAUGCACUGCCAAAUAUCAAGAUUUAUGGAGAAAAAAAAUGUUAAUACUAUGUUUAUUUACCACUUCUACAUUAUUGAAUGCUCAACCUUCUAUUGAACUAGAACAAUACAUAUCAUGCAAUGUAUAAAUGUUUUGAUAUCAAAUUGUGUGUAUACUCUUCUAAUGAUAUAUCAAAAGAUUUCAAUUAUAGUAUUUUGUGUUUUUGUUUUCCACAAGGUAUGUGUGUUUUAAACAAAAUCUCCAGUAGUUUGCAAAUUCAAGUUUUUCAACCAUUCUAAUGAUAAGUCAUGGAGCCUUUUUGUACGUUUUGUUCACAAUUUUUGUUUGUGAACAUUUACAAACUUAUUAGCAAGGAUGUUUAAUUCAGAAAUGGUGUGUAAUGUGUGUGGUUAUCAUUAUUUGUAAAAGGUCAUCAAUAUUUGAAUUGAAGCAUAUUUAAAGCAAAAAUAGAUAUUGCACAGAAUCUUCUUAAUCUAUGGUGUUGUCCCUCACCUAACCUAAAGUGUAUUGUACAUUCAUCAGACUUUGGUCUGAGAAGACAUUUUAGUUUUCUUAAGGGUAUGCUCCUAUAGCUCUGAAUGCAGAAUAGUCAAAAUAGAAGAAAAACAUUCCCGUUUAUUUUCAAUGCUUGAAUUGUAAGUUCGUUUUAAAUAAUAUGAUGCUAAUAUAAUACAUAUGUAUGAAUGUAUUUUAGAUUUCUUUUUAGAUUAAGUCACAGUAAGGUUAAACUUACCAAGCAUAAGAAGAUACUUUUCUACAACCAUUAAGUAAUCAUAUAACAUAAUUUAAACGUUUUUAUAGGGUAAUGGUCAGGCACUAUUAAGUAAUCAUUUAAGAUAAGUCAAAAGUCUUUAUAGGGUAUUAGUCAGGCCUAAUUUUUAUUAGAAUUUCUAUUAAGUUAUAUAGUUUAGCUUGAUGGUUCUUUUGUAAUCACAGUGUCAUAUCAAAUGUUAUAUGUAAGGUCAUUAGAACCAAGGUGAUGAGUGAAAGAUGUGCGAAACUUUUCACAUCAAAUGUCAAGAUCUUUAGUACCAAAGUGUUGAGUGAAAGAUGCAUAAACUUGUUCAUAUCAAAGGUCAAGGUCAUUAGUACCAACGUGAUAAAAGAUGCAUGCAACUUUUCAUAUCAAAAGCUAAUGUCAUUCAUACAAUGACAAUUUCAUCAAAGGUUUGUACAUUAUUUUGUACAUUAGAAACUUUUCAUAUCACAGGUCAAGGUCAUCAAGUGAGAGAUGCAUACAACUCUCAUAUCAAUGGUCAAGGUCAUAGAAUACAAGGGUAAUAGUGAGAGAUACAUACAACUCUCAUAUCAAAGGUUAUAGUGAAAAAUGCAUACAACUCCCAUGUCAAAGGUCAAGGUCAACAAGUACAUAUACCAUUUUAAUUAUCGAGAUUUCAUGUCAAAUAUCACAAUCAGUAAGUAUACAAAACGUACCGAGAUACUUGUACAAUUAUUGGUGAAGGAAUGCAAGGGACUGAAUCCUUACAGAGACCAAGUAUAGGUAAGAAGUAAAUUGAUGGCGUAGGAAUACAGCUGUGAUAUACAUACUUCAGUAAUAAUACGGAGACACAACUGUAAUGAAUACAGCUUAAUUCACAUCAACCUCCUUUAAAGUAACUGAUCAAGUUACCUGUGCCAAGUGUAUGUAGUAGAUAGAUUUUCCAUGUUCAUUGCUGUUAAAAGUGUUUAUUUUACAUAUUUGUUAUACAAUUGAUCUGUAUAGUGUUAUGCUCCUGUGUAUUUCUAUGACUUCUCUGAUUAAUUAAUUAUACACUGUGCCUAAAGACUUUAAGACUAUUUUUUGUCCAUUUUUAUAGAGUUUGUCAAUUUAACGUCCAGUGUUUUCCUCGUGUUUUGUGGAGUUUACCUAUUACAUUCAAGGUCGUAAUAAUGACCACCAGGUGUUCUAUAUACUUCUGUAGUUGUGAGGGGACCAUAUCAUCAAUCAACUUAUUGUUUAACAUCAAUUGGUCCGAUGAUCGAUUAAAUUUUCAUAAUCAGAUUAUCAGUAGAUUGAUAUUUUCCUGUGUUCUAGAUGAAACAUAUAUUUCAUGUAUAAAUUGAAACCUGUCAUUCCAUUAUGUAACUAAAUAUCUACAUCGGAAGACCUUUUUGAUUAUAACCGAUGAUCGAUUUUGAAUUUCCCCAUCAUUAUUCUCUACUACACAAUGUUACUGGUUCUAUAUGUACAGUUAACUGCUGAGUUUGUCCUUGUUAAUUGUCUAUGAUGUCCACUGUUUCCAGGUAUAGGGUUUGCAUCAGUAUGUCUUGACUUGGUUGCUAAGUAUUUACUUUGAAUGAUCCAUGUCAGUUUAAUACCUUAAUAAUGCACUUACAUUUGCAUUCCAGUCAAAUUACGUCCAAUAUCUUUUGUAGAAUUUGCCAGAUUUUGUCAGAUAUUUCUAGUCAGUAUAUUUAAGUAUGUUUGAUCUGCCACACAUUCCAUCAUCGUUAAAAUGUUGUAAAUUGAUAUGUGUAUUUAUUUUGUUAUUGAAAC